UCUUCCGCCUGCACACGCAGCCAGCAUGAACCCCACGGGGUCACGGUGACAUCGGUAGUGCUUGUAUUCCUUGUCUGCUGCAUUCAGUGGUGAGGGCCAGUGUUCAACAGACGGGCAGGACUCCAUUCACAGUUGGCUGUGUGCUGUGUGAACAUCGUGUCACGUGAAACAAGACCCGGCGACGCCGAGUGUGGAGUACAGUGGGUCUUUGUUCAUCGCCACACACACCACAGCUGUGAGGGAGAGCGCCUUACCCUCCUCCCUCUUUCCCCAUCUGCUCAUGGCGGUCAGCACGACCUCACCCAGUGGUUUUCACAGAUUUCAUUUGGUCCUGACGAGAGUUCAUCGGUGCAGCCGUGAUAUUGAGGGAAGGAUGGUGCAGGACAUGUUCCACUUCUAGGCGGAGGAAGAGACACCACGUGACCUGAGCCGUUGCCUGGCGACAAAACAUCACUGACGUGAACAGAGACGAGUUUCCUGGCCUUGAAAACUUUGGUUUCCAUGACGGUCAGAAAGAACUGAAGUACUUUCUAGGAGACAUGCGCUAAUACUGCAGUUUGGAGUGUCACGUGGUACUUCCGGUGUCUUGAGUCAUAUCUGUGAAGAUGGAGGAAGAACAGGCCCAACAGGUGGCUACCCGAGAAAUGGUUGACUUCAUCCGGGGACAGUAUCCUCAUCUCCACUCAGACUGCCAUUUCGUGCCUGAUGAGCUCUUCUCGCGGACCAACUACACUGCACUGAGGGAGUUGUCGUCCCCCUUUGAUGGUGUCGUCUGGCGUCAGGACGAGACGGAGCUCUCCAGCGUGUGCUGCGACCGCACCGAGGCUGUCGUCAGACGGGUCCUACGUCACGUGAUCCAACGGGAACCUCUGUUUGUUCUGUCUAACUUCUCAUUCGACAACUACCUCACCAAGACAUUAAGCAGCACAGAGAUGUCGAGGAUGAAGAUGACCUUAUCUACGGUAAAAGACCUGUUCCCCAACCUCAGCCAACUGGAGACCACUCUGAGGCGAGGGGACUUUGACAACCUCAUCAUCUCCCGCAAGAUGGGGCUGCUUGUCAUUGAAGUCAAGACCAUUGGCAUCCAGAUCAAUGCCAACGUUCCCGAACUUCCCCGUGAGGAGAUGGACAUCAGUGACAAAAGCUACGAACAGAAGGUAACUCAAGGCAUCAGCCAGCUGGACAAGGCUGGCGUUGUGCUGCAUCAUCUUUUUCAAGAUUGUAGAAAGUCACUUCCGGUCACAAAAUGUUUGGCUCUUCCCAACCUUCCCAGACGUCUUCUGGAAUGCAUAGUCAGCAGGAGCCCUGACCUGCAACAUGCAUUCUGCAGGUGUCUGGAUGCUUCUUCAGUGGCAGAGGCGGCCGCCAAAUGCCUGUGUGCUGACGACCUGACACCUGGGGAAGAAACAGCACACGACCCCCGCAUGACCUGGUGGUGUCACGUGACCACAGACAGCUCAGCCGUGGAAGACGAGACGAAAAGACAUUUGUCUGAGAAGGAAUAUGAAGUUAUUAUUUGCCGGUUGUGCGGGCCUUAUUCCAAGCACCCAGUAGAAAACCGCAAGAACGCCAGACAGGAGGUCCGCACUGUCGACGACGUCGUCUACCUGACGGGUGUCCGUUUCGGUGCAGCUGUUCUUGGUGAGGAUCAGCUGGAGGUCUUCAAGAGCGACGAACGCUUCGUCUACUUGGCGGGACCACCUGGUUCAGGUAAAACUCUGAUUCUGGGCCUGAAAGCUGUUCACUGGGCCGAGGAAGGCUACCACGUCAUCUUCCUUGGAGUCGAAGGUGUUGCGUGGGGCAGUCUCGUGUCUAGGACCUUGUUCCAGCGCGUGACAGAGUUCAUGAGGUCAAAAGUCGAGAGAGCAAACAAACGUGAUCGUUGUGAAAGAGGCAUCAGCAUAGGAGACCAAGCGACUCCAGCACCGCAGGGAAAAAAGAAGAGAAAGAAAAAGAAAAGGACAGGAAAUGAGGACUACAGUCAGAGUAACCAUGUUAACGAUGCCACUGGCUGUAACCGCUCGUCAGUAGAUGUGAGUGACGACGACACCAGCAUGCAGACAGAGGACACCACACCCACAGCACACGAGCCUCCCCUAGCAAGCGACCCUUGUACACAGACCUGUCACGUGCACUAUCACGAGGUCGCCAUGGACACUCACGCAGAAGCAUUUCUGGAAGAACUGGUUAACAAGUAUCAGGCCCGUGGCAAGGGCCUGCGUUUUGUUUUGGAUGAAAUUCCUGAGAAAAUGACUUUACCCCGACUAUCUAACAAUGUGUCUGGUAUCAUCAGGCGACUAGCAGGGUGUGUCGACCAUUAUGAACAGCUCCUGCGCGAGGCUGAUCAGGGCGAGGUCGGAGGUCAACGUGAGACAUCUGCGACGCCGGCGAUAGAGGGCGCUGCUUUGGUCAGGGAGAACACUGUUAAGAUCAACCAGCACCUAGGGAUCGUGGCGAAGGUCAUGGAGAAGAUGGUGACCGCAAAGGAGAAACAUUCUGUGCUACGGUGUGACCCAUGGCCGGCAAGGUUGAUGGAAGUUGACAGGCUAUACCGGACUUUGUGUGAGUACAGCCAGAGAGUCCGUGCCUGGGGUACUCACACCCGUCACCACUUGGAACAGGUGCAGGUUCUGCUGCAAGAAGCCUCCGGGCUCUUCUUCAACCUCCAGACCUGGCUGACGUCCUUCACCUUGCACGACAUUUGCUGCGCGAUUGUGGGGCGCGGUGACCCCGUGGAUGUGGGGCUGUGGGGCUCCGGGGUGUACGUCACCUACCAGCCCCAAAGCUUGCAGCUGAAGCAGCUGACACGGUGCCUCCGCUGCCCACCCAAUGUGCAGAUCAUCUUGGAGGAGACCAACAAGGACAUGGUGCAUCCCACCGAUUUUGCUUACACCACAAGCGCAGCAGUGGUCAACCCCAACCUGCCCUUACCAACACAGGGGCCGCCGAUACAGCUGCUUGACCACCGAGGUCACGUGACUGAGGCAAGAGAAGUCAUAGACUGCAGGAAGUGUGGAGAGACCCUAGCCAACUAUAUCCUGGACAAAAUUGGGAACCCGCUCAGCCCGCUCCACGCGGAAGACAUUUUUAUCGUCGGCCCGUUUGACGUGGGCGAGAAAAACCCGCCACUGAUCCGAACGCUCAUCGACAGGGGCAUCGGUGUGCAAACAGAACAACACACGAUAAGUAAACCCCCACCGUACCCAGGGUGUGUUUUUGCAGUUGGAGGCGCUGCAGUGCAGGGAUUGGAGGCCAAGUUGGUAGUCUUCAUACCGGAAGUCAGUCGCAUACCUCUUGACAAAGCUGAUCUCAAACAGUUCCGGCCUGACUUGCCUGACUGGCUCCGAAGCAUGGGUCGGUGGAACAGAUGCCAUCUGUGGUUUGUGGCCUCACGAACUCUCUCACAGCUGAUCGUCUUCCACGUGUAGGCGGCGCCACCAUCUGUAGA